CCUCCCCUUCCCCUCUCCCCUCCAUCCUCGCCUCUCUCCCUCUCUCCUCGCCCGCUCGGUGCUGAAGUUGGGCGGAUGGCAGCAAACCCGCUCCGCUAGAGGACCGAGCAGCCGAGCCUCGCGCCCCCGGACCCAUCGGUGCGCUGCCCACACCUCCAGGCGACUGGCCAUUGGGUCCGAAAGUAGCUGAAAUGCGAAAAAGACAGCAGACACAAAAUGAAGGAACACCUGCUGUGUCUCAAGGGCCCGGAAACCAGAGACCCAACAACACAUGUUGCUUCUGCUGGUGCUGUUGCUGUAGCUGCUCCUGCCUCACUGUUAGGAACGAAGAAAGAGGGGAAAAUGUGGGAAGACCCACGCAUACCACAAAAAUGGAGAGCAUCCAGGUCUUAGAGGAAUGCCAAAACCCCACUUCAGAUGAAGUCUUGUCCUGGUCUCAAAAUUUUGACAAGAUGAUGAAGGCCCCAGCAGGAAGAAACCUUUUCAGAGAGUUUCUCCGAACAGAAUACAGUGAAGAGAACCUACUUUUCUGGCUUGCCUGUGAAGACUUAAAGAAAGAGCAGAACAAAAAAGUAAUUGAAGAAAAGGCCAGAAUGAUCUAUGAAGAUUACAUUUCUAUACUAUCACCAAAAGAGGUCAGUCUCGAUUCUCGAGUUAGAGAGGUGAUCAAUAGAAAUCUGUUGGAUCCUAAUCCUCACAUGUAUGAAGAUGCCCAACUUCAGAUAUAUACCUUAAUGCACAGAGAUUCUUUUCCAAGGUUUUUGAACUCUCAAAUUUACAAGUCCUUUGUUGAAAGUACUGCCAGCUCUACUUCUGAAUCUUAAUUUUCGUUAAAAAAAAAAAAAUCAUUUUGGAGGGCUGGGAGGGGAAAUAAAAGUAGUUAAAUUACACCAGAAACUGAGUUCCUGGAGAACUACAGUUUAGCAUUCCUCAGGCUACUGUGAAAAUACAACCAUAUGGUCUUUGUCUCCAUUUUUAUCAAGGUUAUCCUGGUUAAGUUUGGAGAAAACACCACACGAAAACAACGGAUUGCCAAAUUAAGUUUGUUUUAUUCAACACUCAUUCUACUUGCAAACAAACUGUAUUUGUAUCCUAUGAACAGUCUCCUAGUGUAUCCCCAGAGACUGCAUGUGCAAAGUAAAACUGCUUCAUUUGCCACAUAGCUGUUGUAAUAUUUAAUCCAAUGGCAUAACUUAUAUCUGCAUUUAAGGACUUUUGUGCAAUAUGGUCUUAUAGAAAUAAUUGCCAAAAAAUUGGCUGUGGUUUGCAUUUUUAAAUAUAACCUAAGAGAGAAAAAGCCAAUUUUUAAGUUGUAACAAUGGUAUUCAACAUGUUAUAUACUGUGUUCAGUACACUCAUUUUGAAGCCAAUAUUUCUGUACAUGGAAAAAGAGCUAUUUAUCUCUGCUUGUUGGGAAAUCCUAAUGGGGGAUUCCUCUGGUUGUUCACUGCCAAAACUGUGGCAUUUUCUUUACAGAAUAGUUUAUGUAAAAAAAAAAAAAAAAC